AUGUUCAAAUGUAUUGCAUUUUCGCUGGGUAAAGAGCCCAACCCGGAAGACGUUCAAGCGUGUAGAAGGAACCUAAAGGAGUACCGCAUGCCGAACGAAGAAGCAGAGAUUGCCAUGUCAUUCGGGGUUUUCGACAUGCUCACAGUCAUUGAUCCUGAGAAAAAUUGCUGUUCAGCGCAUUGCAUGGGUGAAACGUAA